AAAAAGAAAGUAUCGAGCUUGAGUGUGUUAAGAGGGAGCUUUGGAGCAAAAGGCAGGAAAUGAAACAUGCACCACGCGGAAUGAGUAUAAAGAAAGACCCUACAUCAACCUUUUAUAAACAUAUUAUAUUCCCACAUGGUGUUCAUACCGGAGUGGAGAGCAAAAAACUAAAGACAAAAAGAAAGUGGAACCUAACAAGAUAAUCAUAAAAGAUCUGCAAUCACUAGCAUUUCCACAAUUAAUCUCUUUUGCUAAUUACCCACAUAAAAUCAUCCAUUCAAGCAUAGCAAUCUCCUGAUGGGUUUCUAAUUGAUUCGAACAUAUUAAGGCCUUAUAAUAAUCCUGAACGGCUGCAAGAUACCAGUGUAAGUCUGGCUCUAUGCCAGCUAGUCUUUUCUUGUUGGCAUGGCAUUAAACUUAUUCACUAAUCAUUCGCAACUUUUAACUCCGAAAGCCUCAUAAAACUCAUGAAACACACAAAAUUUUCUACAUACAUAUAUCUUUAUAUAUAAAGAAGACCCUUGAAUCACUCCCAGGGUGUCCACCUAGGAUUCCAGCUCAUCAAUUUGUGCAAGAAGAACGUGACACGUGUCUCUUCCGCCCAAAACGCAUCACUUCAUUUAAUCUGAGAUCUAUUGGGCUUUAAUCGUUGGGCUUAUAUAUUCAGUGUUUUUUUCGUUUGAGUAGGAGGAAAGCCCAAUCUUGACCCAAACUAAAUAGUGGACCCACUAACACUUUGUCUGUUCUCUAGCGUCGUCUUCUUCUUUGUACUUUAUCUUCCACGACCGACUACAGAACCUAAGUGUAACGCCUUUGUUCCUCAUUGAAUCCACUUCAUAACGUCUCUCCAUUAACUUCCUCCGUUCAACUUUGCCACUAAGUCGACUUUAAUGACCCAUUUUCUCAAUUUCCAUCUCAAAUCCCUAAUUCCUGAGACUAUCAAUAGGGAUAAAUACUUCACCAAAUCUCACUGCUUCAGGAGAUUAAUCAAAUUCCAUAUCCAUUUUUUCCGAUUUAGAUUAAAGUCUGGCCGUUGUCCCAAACGGUGGUGGCGCUUCUUCUGUGUUUCUGGGGAGCACGCACUGUCAAGUAAAGAGGAGAGCUUAUGGGAUUCAACAUGCUCCUGUUUUAUGAAAAGAUGCAUUGCUUAAGUGAUGAAGGUUUAAUAGACGUAAGCCAAGACUCAAGUCCCCAGUGGCUAAUCAAGUCUCAAGAAAUGGAAGCUGAUGAUCCUAAGAUUUAUAAUGAAAAGAUCGGAUAUCACGAGAAGUUACAGAGUUUAAAUACUAUCAUGGCUGUCUAGAUGAUUGUAGAGUUCGUCAUGUAUACAUCGAUCUCCAGAUUGUUAUACCUGGUCUCCUCCAACAGGGCUUCAAAUUGGCAUGAAUUUUCCAGAAGAGUACUUGUGGUUGCAAAAAAUUCAUUGGCAUUAAGACAGCAAAGUAUUUUGGAUAACGCAAAUCCAAAGCAAUUGUGGAUUUCAGGUCUUUUACUUCUUUUGCUGGUUUAUGUCAUGGAGCAAGCCUUUCUUCACUCUGGAUUCCUAUUUAUCUGGUAGAUUUGGCUGCAAAGACAGCACCUGUCCAGCCAACUUGUGCCGAGAGCUCUGCAGAGGAAAACCUGGUUCUAGCAGUAGGGAGUACACUCAAGAAGGCACGCAAGAAAUAUUUACUUAAGCUCUCCACAUGAAGACCGUCCUAUUUUUCCGAAACUUUGUUGACGUUAUGCUUUAAAAAGACAGUGUCUUUUGUUUAAUCUUCCAAUGUUUGCGACUUAAUUAAUAAGUAAAAUUAAUACUGAAUGGCAUACGCAUGUUAGUUGACAUAUUUCUAAGUUCUGGGUUAUAGAGGAGGUAAAAGGCAAGGAGUGAUUGAAUCUUCAAUUUACGUACAUGCUCCAUCAAUUCCAUCAAUCUGGCAGAUCUUGAUUAAAAUAAAACACAAAAUUGUAGAUGAGAUUAGUGAACGUGUUAUCUUCAGUUGUUAUUGUUCCUUAGAUUUGUUAUACUAACUUUUUGUUUUUCAUAUGAAAGAAAGCAAAGAGUAGAAAACUUAGAUGACUAGAGAGAACAUUCUAGGUGAUGUAUUCAUGAAGUCAAAUGUAAAUUAUACAAAAAAUAACCAUAUAAUAACAAGUAAAUUAUAUCCCGCCCAUAGGGUGGGCCGACCCUAGUAUAUAUAUAUAUAUAUACUAGGGAAAGCUCCCGCGCAGGAUUUGAUAAUUUCUUUGUAUAUGUUUCAUGUUUGUGUGUGACAUUUUCUCGGUAUGAUUAGAAGGUCCGUUGUCUAGAUUGAGUGCCUAUGUAUUUGUUUUUAGUAAAUUUAGGAGUGUGCAUGUGAUGUAGUUUUUGCUGCCAUCCAAAGUUAGAAACAAAGUUACAAACUAUUGGCAUUGCCGGUCCGUAGUUCUAUGGCGCAUAAAUCGCAAUAGAAAAAUUAUGCCCCCAAACAAAAUAAUUUUAUAAUAUUACUUUUUUAAACUGAACAAAAUCCCAAAAUGUUUUUAAUGCUGAAAUUUCAAGAGCCCUAAUAGAUUGAUCUACCAUAUAUUGAUAAAAUGAUGAUUCUAAAAUGUUUAUAUGCAUCUACCAUGAGAUUACUUGGGAAUAUACCAUUAGUUUCAGAUUACACCAAUUUGUCUUUUAUCUACUUAACUGAUUUCUUGUUUUGUUGCCAGCAACACUUUUACAAAAAUGCAUGAGUAAUUAGAAUAACUUUAUUUCACUGUAAUUGAAAAACAGAGAAAUGCAUACACUGGUAAAUACAACCUAAGGUAACAAUUACUUUGAAAUUAGUUUAGUUUGUAAAAAAAAUUAUGAAUCCUUCAGUUGUAGGUAGGAGGGAGUGGGAUAUAGAGUAUUAACAAGAAGUUUCAGAUUUGUUCUUAGUUUUAGAAAUAUAGACAAAAAUAAUUUGUUACUUGUUUGUAUCCAAUCAAAAUGAAAGAGGAGGAAAGAUGAAUUUUUUUGCUAAAUCAAAUGACAUCGACUUGGAAAAGAAAACUAGUUGACUUGUUCUAUUUUAGAUGAAAAUCAUUUAAUACAAUAUACAAAAACGGAAACUAAGAUUGGUAAAAAAGGAAUCAACAUCGAUCAGAUUUAGUUAUUACCAAAAAGAAAAAAGAGAAAAAAGGAAAUAAAUUGAAAACAUAGGUUCGAACCGGCCCGGGCGCAUGAAAAAAAUAUAAGAUCACAAGCCUAAGAAUCUAAGAUCACAAGCCACUAGACCUAAGAGAACUUUUACAAUUUGGCGCCUCUAGAAAAUAGAUAACUUUUGGUGCCUAAAGCCCUGACUAUUGGUUAUGGAAAUAGAACUCCGAGAGUCAGGGCCGAAUCUGAGAAUAUGGAGGCCUUAAACAUUUUUCAAGAACAUUUAUAUAAAAAAAUUUCUUUUGAUGAUUUGGGGCCUUAACCCAGAUCCGGCCCUGCCGAGAGUAUAAGGAGCGUGUGUGAUGCGUUCAUUGUAGGCUGAAUUCCUGACUGUGUAAUUGGUGUAGAAGGUAAAAUAGUUUUGUUCUGUGUGUUUUAAGUAUUUUUUUCGGUUGGACCCGACAAGACCCAAACCGAAUCCGAUUCGUAACCGAACCGAAUCCGAAUCGACAAACUCUAAUUACCCUAUUGGGUCCAACUAUCUAAGACCCGACCCGACCCGGACCCGAAAAGACCCGAACCGAUCCCGAACCGAGAAUUUCAAAUUACCCCAUCAGACCCGCAACGACCCGACCCGAACCCGAACCGAGGACCCGAAUGCCCAGGCUAAUUUACACCCAAAAAAAAAAAGACAUAUGCCAUGUUCCUUGUUCAUUAUUAUUUUUUAAUUACAAUUAACGUUUAGUUUUGCAAUAAAUUGGCUUCUAUAUAUUUUUUAUAUCCAUAUGUAAGGUAAGGAAUGAUUUCAUGCAUGUGAAAAUAUUCAUCUUUUACUUUGUCAACUCAACGCUUUUACGAAUCAGCACAAUUGAUUGUACACAAUGUUUGUGAGAAAUGGUUCCAUGCAAAAUGCGUGAAGAUCACACCUGCAAAAGCUGAGCAAAUCAAACAUUACAGAUCCCCCUCGAGCUGCAGGAGCAACAACAACAAAAAGUUUGUAGGGCGUUAUAGGGACAUUAGAGCCUGUAAUGAACCAUACUUAGUUAAUAAAGUAAAAGGUGAAUAUUUUAACAUGCAUGGAAUCAUUGACAUAUACCACAUUUGUUAAUGAACUACAUGUAUCUGUAGUAUGUAAAGCCAAUUCAUUACAAACUGAACAGUAUUGCAAUAAAAAAAAGGUCACAAGGGACAUGGGCAGAUGUUUUGAGGGUUGCGUCUUUUACAUUCUCAGAGUCCUCUGUUCUCCUGUUGUCUGUAGUAAAAAAGCCACACAUGUUGUAUCAAACUUUCCAAAACCAGCUCAAUUUGGGAUCAGGUGCUACCGUCUGAUGCCUCUGCCAUUGCCUUAGGAAAACUUCCAUCAAAACAUACAGAGGAAACAGCAGGUACAAGGCAAAGCACGCGGUAAGAAACACUAAAGGCUGCGGUGAGAUCACAGCCAUUGCUAACGCGUAAGAAACGCAAAGAGACGCUCCUAUAUAGAAAAACCACAGCGUCAACAAACCUCUAGCUGGUAAGAGAGAAUAGGUGUAGAAUAAAGCGCAGCAGAAGCCAAUGGUGCUGGAAACCCAUAGGACGAUGAAGAAUGUCUGUUUCAUCACCGCGUGACCCUCUGAUUGGGUUACACCUCCUGGAGGCUGGAGGGAGGUUUGGUAAGUUGCUGUGAUUAGCAGAGUGCAUAUGAUUAACUCUGGUUUUAUUUCUCUUUUUCUCUUUAAAGUCUCUCUCCUCUGUUCUUGAACUGUUCUUGAAUUUUUCCAGUUCUGUUCUUGUGAUUCUUGAUGGAUUCAGGAGAAAACUCAAGAAUGGUGGUGAUUCCAGUUACUCUUAAAGGAGCUAACUAUCUACAUUGGGCAAAGCUUGCUAAGACAGCUUUUGGAGGCAGAGGGUUUUGGGAGAUUGUUGAAGAAGGCAUGCCACAAAAGAAGACUAUCCUAGGAGCGGAUGGCAAAUAGGUUGUUGUUGCUGAUGAUGGCGCCAAGAAGAAAUGUCAAGAGGACUAGUUGGUGUUGUCCAUUCUUCAGCACAGUCUUGACCCUUCACUUCAGGAAGGUUACUCCUAUUGUGAAACUUCCAAGGAGCUGUGGGAUACACUUCAGAAGGUGUAUGGAAACAAUUCCAACAUCAGUAGAGUCUUUGAAGUCAAGAGGGCUAUCAGUACUCUUAGACAAGAGGACAAUGACUUUGAUAAACAUUUUGGGAAGUUCAGAUCCUUGUGGGCUGAACUUGAGAUGCUCAGGCCAGCAACUAUUGAUCCUGAUGUGCUUAAUCAAAGGAGAGAGCAAGACAAGGUCUUUGCUUUGCUGCUUACCCUCCAUCCAAGCUAUGGUGACCUCAUCAAGCACAUCCUAAGGAAUAUGGAGAUACCUUCUCUAGAUGAGGUAUGCUCUGAGAUUCACAAGGAGCAAGGCUCAGUUGGUCUCUUUGGAGGAGGAAAGAAAGAUCUGGUGCUUGCAAACCAGGCUGAUGGAGCAGCAAACAAAAGCUCUUACAAAGCUGAAGACAAGAAGGUGUGGAUUUGUGAUCAUUGCAAGAAGAAAGGCCAUGGAAAGGACAAGUGCUGGAUACUCCAUCCCCAUCCCAAGCCACAGAAGUUCAGGACAGGUUACAAUGAUGCCAAAGCAAACUUCUCUGGUGAUAUUGGUGAGCCAUCUAUACAAGGCAGCAUGCGCCAGACCAACGAAGCUUGUGAAAACAAAGGGGGAGCUUCCAGCAGUGGCUCAGCCUUAAGGAACACUCAAGAUGAGACCAUCAGGAGAUCUGAUAUUGAGGCUCUCAUCAAGCUCCUUAAGAAUAACUCUGGUAACUUACUUGGUACCUCUUUACAUGCUACUGCUUGUGGAACUUCCUUGAAUGCUAUAACUAAAUUUAAUUUGGCAAAACCUUUAGUUAUAGAUUCAGGAGCUAGUCACCACAUGAUCAGUGAUUUAAAAUUGAUUAAAAACAUUGUCUCUGCCUUAGGAAAUGUUACAAUAGAUAAUGGUGAAAGAGUACCAAUUAAAGGAGUAGGUGAUCUUAGGCUGUUUAACAAAGAUUCUAAAGCUUUCUAUAUGCCUAGCUUCACCUCAAACUUGUUAUCAGUUAAAAGAGCUACUAAUGACUUGAAUUGCAGUGUUACUUUCACUUCUAAUGAUGUCUACUUUCAGAAUAUUGAAACUAGUAGGUUGCUUGGCAAAGGUGUCACCAAGUGAGACUUGUACUUGCUUGAAAAUACUAAGCUUGCUGCCGAUUUAUCUCAUGCUUUAAAUAACAUUUCUGAUUUCCCUAAAGAUGUAUUGUGGCAUGCUAGAUUAGGACAUCCCCAUUCUAGAGCUUUAAACAUCAUGGUGCCUAAUAUUUCCUUUAAGAGUGAUUGUGAGGCUUGUAUCUUAGGCAAACAUUGCAAAUCUGUUUUCUCUAGAUCAAAUAUUAUUUAUGAAAAUUGCUUUGACCUGAUUCACUAUGAUGUAUGGACUGCCCCAUGUUUAUCUAGAGAACAUCAUAAGUAU